AUGUCUCAGCCCAAUCACAAGCCGGGAAUCAAGCACAAGAAUCGUGGGCCAGACUUUAUAUGCAAGCCUCGGUUUCGGAACACGCUUCCGGAUGUGCCCUUUCCGGGGAAGUUUCUGCCAUGCCCAUUCGUGGAGUUAGAACGUUUCAUCGAUUAUAAACCUACAUCAUUGGAAAUGGAAUACAAGUACGAAGUUCAGUGUGAGAUGGACAUUGGUUUGAACUUAGACUUAAUUGAUCCUAACACAUACAAAGUGGACACGAGCGCAGAAAUUCAACUAAAUGAAAAGGAUGCCAUAUUACUAGAAGACGAGGAUGCGAAUUCCAAGCAAAUUAAAAGAUCUGCGCAGCACUCGAAGGUUGUGCCGUGGAUGCGAAAAACACAGUAUAUUUCAUCCGAAUUCAAUCGAUUCGGUGUAGCCGCUGAUAGACAGGAGAUCAAAGUCGGAUACCACCUUACGAAAAACAAGGAGAAUCUCAAUCUUUUCCGUGACCGUCAAAGUCAAAUUAAUCUGAUCAAGAAGUCUUUUGAGGAUUGUAAGGUACCAAUUCGCAAACAUUUCUCUAAAAAAGGUGUCACAGCCAUUGAAGAAGUGCCCAUAUUACCAGAUUUUGAGUUGUGGAAGUAUCCGUUCGCCCUUGUCCAGUUCGACGCAGAUCCAGCUCCUACAGGCUUUACACCUGAGCUUUGCGAUAGCAUGGUCACUCAAAGUCACAUUAAAGGUAUGCAGGAUGAUGAUGGUGAUCAAUUUGUUGCAUACUUCGUUCCUACAGUUGAAACACUUCAAAAGAAGUUAACUGAUAGAGAAGAAGGCAGAAAUUAUGCAGAAGGAGCCGUUUAUGAACAUGUUCUAAGCCGAGAGUACACGUGGACAGUCAAAAACAAAAACACGAAAGGGUUUGAGCGGGACAACUAUUUCGUAUACUACAAAGAUGGUGGAUUCCACUACAACGAGCUUGAAACGAAAGUGCGGCUAGCUCGACGACGUCGUGCUGGUCAUGAGAAACCAAACACACAACUGCAUGUGACUUAUAUCGAACCAACCGAGGCUGAAAUCCAAACGAUGACGAAUAGAAUGAAUUCAUUGUUGAAGAAUUACGACUCAGACGACGAAGCAGAUAAACAGUCAGAGAAAUCUGAUAGUGAUGAAGGCUCAGCGAAAGAGGAGAAUGCGAAUGAUUCCAAUAGCGAAAAGGAAGGUAGCUCUGAUAAUGAAAAAGACGGUGGAAGUGAAGAAGAUGACAGUGACGCUGAAAGGAAAAAAAGUGAAAGCGAAAAGGGUAGCACAGAUGAAAGCGAUUAA